UCGAAAAGAAAGAAAAACAGACGAAACUAGAAAAAAAGAAACAACAAUUCCAUAGUUUCCCCAAUUCAGGCUGAGUCCUCCUCCCUUGGUUCUCAUUCUUUACAUUUCUAUCAUCUCUACUACUAGCGCUCAAAGACUUACAUUUCAAAAAUCUAGGGUUUCGCUCUCUUCCAAUCUAUCUAUCUGCCUACUUUACAUACAUCUUGUUUGUUAAUUACUCAUGGCUGGGAUGAGAUGGCCACCAGAAGAUUCUGAGAUGUCUCAGAUACGACCAGUUACGGUAACUCCAGCGGACCUAAUCUCUGAUGAUGAUCGCUCUGUUGCAGCCGAUUCCUGGUCUAUAAAGAGUGAUUAUGGAAGUACUUUAGAUGAUGAACAGAGACACGUCGAUGCUUCUGAUGCGCUUUCCUCUGGGAUAUUUCGAGCUGCAUCCGAUUGCAGUUCGGAUAAGGAGGCGCCAGAUGCUGAAGUGGAACCUUCAGUUUUGGGUUUACAAAGCUACUGGGAUUCCACAUACGCUGAAGAGUUAGCAAAUUUUCAUGAACAUGGCCAUGCUGGUGAAGUUUGGUUUGGAGCUGAUGUCAUGGACACUGUUGCGGCUUGGACCAAGAACUUGUGCACCAAUGUUUCUCCAGAUAAUGUCCAAGAUCUUGCUAAUGAUGUCAGCAAAUCAGAUUCUGAGACACAUAGUGCUGAUUUGUCUACUUGGAGUGUGCUUGACAUUGGAACUGGCAAUGGUCUGUUUCUUCAGGAAUUUGCAAAGCAAGGGUUCACUGAUUUGAUGGGCACUGAUUAUAGCGAAGGGGCAGUUGACCUUGCUCGUGGCCUUGCUGAACGUGAUGGAUUUACCAACAUCGCCUUUAUGGUUGAUGAUAUUCUUGAGACUAAGUUGGAGAGGCAGUUCCGUCUUGUUGUGGAUAAGGGGACUCUUGAUGCUAUUGGUUUGCAUCCUGAUGGCCAUAUUAAAAAGAUUAUGUAUUGGGAUACGGUUGCAAAGUUGGUUUCCCCUGGUGGAAUGCUGGUUAUCACAUCAUGUAAUAGCACUAAGGACGAAUUGAUGCAAGAAGUUGAAGCUUUCAAUCAGAGGAAGCUUGCCGCUGAUCCCUUGGCUACUUCAUUUCGGUAUGUUAGUCAUGUGAGGACAUAUCCUACAUUCAUGUUUGGAGGAUCUGAAGGUUCACGUGUCGCUACUGUUGCAUUUGUCCGCAACUAGACGAGAAAUAUGAUAUUUUUCUUUAUAAUUUGCUUUUGGGUUUUAGAAAUUAUGGAUGGGUAGCAAAGAGUAGAGACAAGAGGGGGAAUGAAAGUGUUUGGAUAAAUAUUGGAAGGCAGACUAAAAUGGUCUUCAACUUAGAUUUCUGUUCAACUUAUUUGCCCCGUAAUUUUAAUGUUUGAUUUUAAUUCCCCGGAAUACCUCGUUUACCUC